CGGAAAGCACCGGAACUCCUCGAAAGCCCGGUUGCUGCAGCUCGGUCAUCUGGGAAGUCCAUCUCAUUCUUGCUUCGCCUCAAGGAGUGCGGACGAUGUAGAGUGGACGUCGUCGAAGGCCGGUAGCCACUGUCGGCGCUGUGCGCUCUCAUCAUUUACAUCGGCGCUUGUCGGAGGCUGUUCCCUCGUUUGCUGCAAGGACGCGGAAUAGCUUGGCUUCUUAACGGGACGGUGCUGGUUUUUUGCUGACGGAUCGCACAUUUUGCAACGAGCGGACACCGGAGAAGUGAUUGGUAGCGGUGCUUGUUGAAUUCGACGACGCGAAAAGACGUAGUUCACUUUGCUGUGUCGCCUGCCUUCAUAUGUGACGUAAGCUUGCUCGACAGUGCGCAUUUGUGUGUAGCGGCUUUUAUGAAGUGGAAAAGUGAAUUUGAGGAGUGAGUUGAUAACCGCAGCAGAACGAUAUACGAGUAGGUUUAGGCGGAGUCAGUUCGUCCACCGCCUGCAAUUGUCUAUCGCGUGAACAUCCGCAACGAGUCACGAAGAAAAGGACAUCGCUUGACGCACUAUUGUUAGUAUUGGUGCGCAUUUUGUUCCGUGAAAACCCAAGAUCUGCCGUGGCUCUCAAGCGUCGAAAGAAAGCACGCGGCGAAGAAGUUGCUUUCAUGUUUGACGAUGUAACCUAGAUGUGGUGUAGUGGCAGCAGUAAUGACACACAGUUGGAAACGGGUGAAGUCUCUCUCUCUCUCUCUCUCUGAGAUUUCUAGGAUAUUUAUGCUCUAAUCUGAAGGGGAAGAGUGGCGGAUGCUUACAUCCGCAGUAAUAAUAUAUUCAAACAUUGUUUUUAUUUGCUCUCUCCCAAACUCCGUUGGUAGAAUCAGUUAGGGUUGAAGCACUGCAGAACGACUUCCAGUCAUCUCAUACUCACAUGUUGGCGUGUAACUGUGAACUAUUAUAUACUGAAUAUUUAACCUUGUAAGCAUUUAGAGUACAAGCUAGCUUAAGCGCCGUGAAAGCUCACAUUGUAGUAUUACGAGCUCACGUAUUAUAUUCCCCUUCCUCAAAAACCUCCGAGUUCUAUAGAACGUCCGAAACCACGUUCAUAUUAUCUGCAAAACACUCCCACGAAGAAAGAACCUUGUCCACGCAAACUGAACAGCGUGUGUCACUGCGUCUCGAGAGGUUACUUCCUGUUACUUCUUAGAACUUCUUUUUUUUUUUUUGAUAGCGCCUAUCAUCACUUCACGGAAUCUGAGCGUUGUGACCACGUGUGCACCAGUGGACGCGGUGCUACUUACACCAACCUGAUGGAAUAAUCGUCUCACCUGUGCAGGCUUCGCAGACCCCUCCUGCACCUGGAGUCAGCAAUAGCAGUGUGGUGCUUUGUGCUGUGUGAAAGACGCGAAAGCCACGGUUCGGUUUCGGAUGUACGCUAAGUUGUCGCAUAUGAGUGCUACGUGCAAGCUAUAUAUGGAGACAAACUUUGACAAGGCUACCUAGGAGUAAUUUCUCAAGGCACAUAAGAUUACUGAGUAACGACGUUCCUCGUGAGGCUGAACCACACACCAAAAGACGGACAUUCAUUGGUGUGACCGCCACCUUUGUCAGGCGCUCCGCAGCUGCUGGGGACUUAGGGUCAUGGUUAAAUCGCAGCAAUCAUCAGGGAGGUAGUGGCCGAAUACUGCACCAGGGAGGCCAAUUCCUGUUCUGCAAAGGAGCGCACCGAUGGAAGGGGCUUGCUUUUCAAUGGUCCAUCCACUGGCAUUGAAACUCCUUUGAAGCCGCCGUUCAUAAAACCGCAACAAUUGUGGCCCUAAUGUCGGCUUAUCAAGUACCAAGAGCACUCGCCCGAUUGUAAGGAAUGAAGCUACAGAUCAAGCAACCAAAGACUGGCGAACCCACGUCGGAGGAAGAGAUCACGAGCCCGAUCGUCCAGCCUAAGUGAGAUCACGCGAACCGCGAGGGAGCUCAACGGUGGAGAUGGUCGGAUUCGCCUGUCUUGCGUUUCUGCUGCCCGUCUGUGUCUCAGCCAUCCCGCAGUUUUACGCAGCCGUGGGCGGCAAGGUGUCUCUGCCAUGCAACACGAGCAUUCCCGCUGGCGGCGACGGCGUGUCGCUGAUCCUGUGGUAUCACGGCGACUACGGCAUUCCCAUCUACAGCCUCGACGCCCGCGACCAGCCCCUGGGCAAGGCACGACACUUCCCGGGCCAGGACCUGGGUACGCGUGCAUACCUGGACGUCAGCUCGAAGCCGCCUACGCUCAACAUCGACCCGGUGCUCGAGAGCGACGCCGGCGAGUACCGCUGCCGGGUCGACUACAGCAGGCAGCGAACGCAGCACAGGAACGUCAACCUCACGGUCAUCGUUCCCCCCAAGGAUGCCAUUAUACGGGACGAGUCCGGCAAGCCUUUACACGGAGUGAUCGGCCCCUACGACGAAGGCGCUCAUCUAGUCCUCAUCUGCGACGCCGACGGAGGUCGCCCUGCCCCAUCGGUGACUUGGUGGCGAGGCCCCGAGCUCGUGGACGACAAGUACGCGCUCUCGCCAUUGGACGUGGUCCGCAACGAGCUCGUUAUCAAGAGGCUGCAGCGCUCUGACCUGCUCGCCACAUAUACCUGUCAGGCUUCCAACACGAACCUUACUCUGCCGCGUUCAUCCUCCGUCACCAUCAACAUGAAUCUUCGACCGCUGGACGUGCGGAUCACCACGCUGAAGCGGCCUCUGUCGGCACACCGCAAGGUGGAGCUGUCGUGCCAGUCGACGGGUGGCCGGCCGGCGCCACAGCUCACCUGGUGGCUGGGGAAGAAGAAGCUUUCCUUCGCGCGCGACAAUGUGUCGGUGGGCGACAAUGUGACGACGAGCACAGUGUCAUUCGCGCCCAAUACCGACGACCAUGGAAAGUACCUGGCCUGUCGCGCCGACAACCCACUGCUCUCCGGUGCUGGCCUCGAGGACGGCUGGACGCUCAACAUCCAGUACGUUCCGCGACUGAGCCUCUCACUGGGCGCCAACAUGAAGCACAAGGCGAUCCGCGAAGGCUCGGACGUGUACCUGGAGUGCAACAUCCAGGCGAACCCGGCGGUCAGCGAGGUGGGCUGGAAGUUCGAAGGAAAGCCGCUGUACAGCAAUGUCAAGCAGGGGGUCAUCAUCAGCAACCAGUCGCUCGUGCUGCAGAAGGUUCGCCGAGAGAGCCGCGGCCACUACCAGUGCGUCGCUGCAAACGUCGAAGGGGAAGGGGAGAGCGACCGCGUCCUGCUCAGGGUCCACUACGCGCCGGUGUGUAAGAAGCGCCAGAACCUUGUUUACGGCGUGGCACGUGAUGAAGAGGCCGAAAUCUCGUGCGAGGUGGAAGCCGACCCGUCUGAGCUAAGCUUUAAGUGGGCGCUGAACAACUCUGUCGAAGUGUUCGAUGUGAAGACGUUCACUGUGAAUGGAACUACCAGCGUGGCAUCGUACCGCCCCCGCUGGAAGCACAGCUAUGGCCUCCUCUACUGCUGGGCCACCAACACCAUUGGGAUGCAGCGGGAGCCCUGUGCCUUCCACAUCAUACCUGCAGUUUCUCGUUGGACAGGGCCACCCGAGGCUGUGCGCAACUGCCGCGUGAGCAACCAGACCUCUGUCUCGCUGGCGGUCGAGUGCGAACCGGGCGACCACGGGGGCCUGCGGCAGACCUUUCACCUGGAGGUGUACAACUCGGCAUUGGAGCUCCUGCAGCGCAACCUCAGUUCUUCGGAGGGCGCGUCGUUCGUGGUUCGCGACCUGCCGCCCGGCACCGCUUUCAUUCUCGUACUGUACGGUUCGAACUCCAAGGGCCGCAGCAACAGCGUCUCCAUAUCCACCAACACGCUGCCCUCGCCCGAGAGGAGGACAGCUAACACGGACAUCACAUCAGUGAGUCCAGUGCUUGGUGUCCUGAUCGGCAUCGUGGGAGCUCUAGUGCUGGUGGCCAUUGUUAUCGUAGUCGUCAUGCGACUCCGCGGAGACGACAGCGAAAAGCGUCCUACGGAGGAGAGUCCGGAAAAGAACCAAAACCAUCAAAGAAAAGCAGUGGAUGACUUAGCCCUUACAGAUAUUGACACGAAGGACCCGUCUGUAAUUCAAAAGACGAGUGAUUCACAGGCAGAGUACCCGCGCGUGGCCGUGCGGCGUAUUCCAGCGUACCCGGCUCAUCGAACGUACGACAGCUUCUCUCCCAGCGACUACAACUACGAGAACAUCCAGUCACUGAGACGACCGUCGCCUGUCAAGAUGGACAACGAGGUGCGAUACGCGGAGCUGUCUCUGCCGCGCAGCAAGUACCCGGUGCGCAUUCGGGAGCCGCCGACAGAGUACGCGCAGAUCGAUUUCCAGCGGGCCGGCGUCCUGUUCAGCGCCGUGCCGCCGCAAUCCGAAGAGGAGGAUCCCUGCGCGGCCGUCGGUUCGGACACGCCGCUGAUGAACAGCCUGCAGCCAAACGUCAGGCACCUAGGCGGCGCACCGAGCGACCACAACACGAUAUCGACGCCUGUGUGACGGCAACGGCGCCAGAUUGGCGAGGGCGAGACAGUUCAACGCUCGUCAUGGUCGUGAAUGGGCCGAGCGUGUAGACACAAAGAGAGCGAGCGAGAGAGCAGAACGGCCACUCUUGAACUGCGCGCUGACGACAGCGCCGCGCGAAUGCUGCGUCUGGAAACCGAGGCUCCGGACAAAUCGUGAAGGAAGGAGAAGCGAGAAUGUGCACUUCAUGACGUGAGCUUUCUUUCCUCCAGUUAGCGAGAACUGUACAGCAUCAAGAGGCCUGGAGAUCAAGGACGCAGAUCCGUCUGGUGCGCGACCGUCCCAGUGCAGUGAGCGGGACUCUUACCCUCGCGACACGACGACCCUCUCUGUACAUAGAAUGGCCGAACACAUGCGGCGUCGUGAGCGGCGCACAAGCUCAAGCGCGAUUUGCCGACGACGUCGACACAAGAAAGAGGUCACAUUCCUUCAACACUAGUCAUGAGACGCGUGGCUACCUACCGCAGUGUUUGAUAAAUCAUGAAAUGAGAUAUAAGAGAGAAGGCAGAAGGUGAGAGGGCACGAUGCAAGAAGUGAAGCAUUUAGGCCGUUGGUAACCUGUCAUAACCCUCCUGUCAGUGGUGAGAAGAACGACAUUGCUUAAGAGGCAGACAAGACAGGCGAAAGAAAGUAGGUCGUGCCCACUCAUUCCUGUUAGUCCCAUCCAACGUCCUGCACAAUGCGACAGGGACGAUGCGCAAUCCAAAGGAAGCAUUGUCGUCACCUUGAAGACCUUAGGCGCGUGCACGCAGCCAUCUGUGAACAAUUGCGAAAAAAAAAUACAAAGAAGAAAGAGGAAGGUUAAGAUUUUAGUGUGUGUGUGUGUGUUUGUGUGUGUGUGUGUGUGUGCGUGUGUGUGCGUGUGUGCAUGGGUGAUUGUGCGAGCAGGGCGCGCCUGUUUGUGCGUCUGCGUGAAAGAAUACGAGCACAGGUCGACACCCCCGAUUUCGUUCAGAUUUUUUGUCACUUUCACCAUCUAUCCCACCAAUUUCGUUUUACCAGUUCCUGUAGCUGUUUUCUUCGUUUUUUUUUUUACUGCCUGGUUUUAAGACUGGUUGACAACCUGGGAGUUCCGUGCAUCUUCGUAUAUACAUACUUCAUACGGACUCAUGGCGCAAACUUUUAAGCUCUACAAUAAAAUAUAUCAUUACUAUUA